UUGAAAUGAGGAAGUGAAUUCAGUUCAGUUCAAACCUGCAGAGGAAACUGAGACACGCAUUGUCGUAUGCUGACUUUUGUGGUGUAGGAGAGCGCGAGAGAGAAACCCUGAGCAGCGGCCGUCGCUUCUUUUUCUGCUGCUUCUGUGUCUCGAAGUCUGCAUUCAUCUUGGAGAACAAACAAGCCAGGAGUUCAAAUGGGCUGAAGCGAUGCCCUUUAGCGUCAGUUUACCAAAAGAUUCAUGAGUCAGGAUGAACAGCAGCAGCAAAUCGGUAAACUCCUGUGCAAUAAAAGCAGAGAUCAAGAGGCAUGCGUCUCUCCAGAGUGCAAUCAACAGACUUUCCAAGCAGUUUGAAAGAGUUAUGGAUCAACAGCUGCGCUCAGGACUUAAAGUUUACCUCCACAGCAUUCAAGCCUGACCACAUGAGCGGAGGCGGCGCCCUGCAGCAACGCACCACCUACCUCAUCUCCCUCACCCUGGUCAAAGUAGAGGCUGUGGAGGAGAAUGGAGGGGAGGCCAAGAACAGCACCCAGGGGAAGGAGGUGGAGGCCGGGCCUGGAGGAGGGGCAGGAGAAGAGGCUGGGGCUAGAGUGGAGGCUGAAGGUGAAGCUCCUGCUCGGGGUGAGAAUGGAGCAGGACAACCACAAAGAGCUGAGGAUGCUGCUAUUGUGAAAGGGAGCAAGUCACCUGAUGAACUCAAAGAUGGAGAGAGAAAACCCCUGAGCCCUUUGAAGGAUAAACUGCCCUCUACUGUUGAUGUCCCCAUCAAAGUGAGUGAAAAGCCACCGUGCAACCUCUCAAUCCCCUUACCUGCUGAGAGAGCGACAGUAAAGAAGACAAAGUCUCCAGAGAUUGACUUAACACAGGUCGAGAAGACGCCCUCCACCCCAGAGGCAAAGCAAUGCAGGUCACCAUUACUGACCACCACACCUCCAACAGAGGCGGUCGAGCCCUGCCGCACCCCAACCAGGACCAGCCUCCCUAUCCGUCCGGUGGGACAGCGUCCUGUGAGUCUGUUGAAGUCUCACAGCAGUGUGGCAACCCGCGGUCGUGACUCCAGGGACGGUAGGGAGCGCAGUCCUACCUCAGCACAGAGCCUGGACCGGAAGGACUGCCGCAUGCCAACGCGCUCACCAGGUCCCUGCAGGGCCUCAUGGGCCGAGGCAAGCAGGCCCGAGGGCUGGAGGGACCUGCGGGAUGACGCUCAAGCUGGAAUACCUCUGGAGAUUGGAGGUGGCAUGGCUGCAGUGAUGAGAGACAUCCCCAGGAAGGACAGACUGAAGACAGGUUCGGCCUCCCUACCUGCACCUGCCACCCAGGCCAACAAACCUGCACGCAAAGGUAAAAGCCGCACGCUGGAUAACAGUGACCUGAACAGCCUCUCUGAAGACCUGGGGCUGACCCAGCAGGCGCAGCAUGGCAACCGAGGUUCCACUAAAGACAGGAAGAUGCUCAAGUUCAUCAGUGGCAUUUUCACAAAGAGCAGCUCGGGGUCAGCGGGGUCGUCCUCCACAGCACUACCUGUCUAUAUACAGAGAGACUCCAGUGAAGAAGAAGUAAAUAUUGCCAACAGCCAGGAGUGGACCCUGAGCAGAUCCAUCCCAGAGCUCAGACUGGGCAUUCUGGGAAGUCUAAAAAGCGGCAAGUCAGCAUUGGUGAACAAAUACAUCACCGGCAGUUAUGUCGCACUUGAGAAGCCAGAUGGUGGCAGAUAUAAAAAGGAAGUGUUGGUGGACGGACAGAGUCAUUUAUUACUGAUCCGGGAGGAAGCUGGACCACCUGAUGCCCAGUUCAGCAGCUGGGUGGACGCAGUGAUCCUGGUUUUCAGUCUGGAGAACGAGGGCAGCUUCCAGGAGCUCUACCAGCUCUACAGCCAGCUGAGUGCACACCGCACGGACAUCCCAGUCAUAGUGGUCGGCACCCAAGAUAAAAUCAGUAGCACCAACCCUCGUGUGAUCGAGGAUCAGAGGGCCAGACAGCUGUGCAUCGAUGUGCGUCACUCGCUGUUUUACGAGACCUGCGCGACAUACGGGUUCAACGUGGAUCGAGUGUUUUCAGAGGCUGCCCAGAAGAUCGUUGCUCAGAAGAAGCAGGCGGCGCUGCAGGCCUGCAAGUCUCUUCCCAACUCUCCCAGUCACUCUGGAGGCUCCACACCUGGAUCAGCAUCGUACCCUGGCCAGGCCAGUAAUGGGCCGAGUUGUGGCUACGCCUACUCCCUCCCCUCCACCCCUGUGAUUGGUCACAGAGAUCUGCGGGUUGCACAGGGAGAGGGGGGAGGCAGCGCCAACUCGCGUUCGCUGAAGAGCAUCCCCAGACGGCCCUCCCUCUUCAAGAAUCGUGACUCGGACAAGAAGUCCAGUGAUCCUAAAGGAGACCAGAGCAGCGCGCGGGGCGUUCCCAUCAAACAGAGCAUCCUGUGGAAGAGAAGCGGCAGCUCUCUCAAUAAGGAGUGGAAGAAGAAAUACGUCACCCUGUCCAACAAUGGCCCGCUGUCUUAUCACUCCAGCGCCAAUGACUACACGCAGAACAUCCACGGGAAAGAAAUCGACCUGCUGCGCGUGACGGUUAAAGUUCCCGGGAAACGUCCUCCGAGAGCCGUGGCUCCUGCGGGGCCCUCACCUGUCCCCCCCGCCGCCGCACCUGGAGUCAACGGGCUGAAUAAGGAGCUAACAGCCGCCGAUAACACCAGUACAGUUCCCCAGUUGUGUCCGGCCACUCUGUCUGUGGUUGACGAUCGGUCUGGUGGGCUGUCGCCUCAGGGAGUGGACCGAGGACUUCAGCGGUGCACCUCCUCAUUGUCCACCAAAGCACAAAGUGUUGAUGCCCUUGAAGGAGCAGCCGGUCCUUUCGCCGGAAAAGAUCCCGGCCAGUCAUCUCCAAUGAGCGACAGGAAGAAGAACAGGAGGAAGAAGAGCAUGAAUCAGAAAGGAGAUGCAGCUGUCGGGCAGGCUGAAGACGAAGAGAAUGCAGACUUUAUCAUCGUGUCGUUCACCGGGCAGACGUGGCACUUUGAGGCUCAGAGCCUGGAGGACCGGGACUCCUGGGUUUCGGCUAUAGAGGGCCAGAUCCUGGCCAGCCUGCAGUCCUGUGAGAGCGGCAGAAACAAGGCUCGGAGGAGCAGCCAGAGUGAGGCUGUGGCACUGCAGGCCAUCCGUAACGCCAAAGGCAACCAUCUGUGUGUUGACUGUGAAGCACCAAAUCCCACCUGGGCCAGUCUCAACCUUGGUGCGCUGAUCUGCAUCGAGUGCUCGGGGAUCCAUCGAAACCUGGGGACUCACCUGUCCCGCGUCCGCUCGCUGGACCUGGACGACUGGCCGGGAGAGCUCACACAAGUCCUGGCUGCCAUCGGAAACCACAUGGCCAACAACAUCUGGGAGAGCUGCACCCAAGGGCGAACCAAACCCACACCCACUGCAACACGGGAGGAAAGAGAGUCGUGGAUUCGUGCAAAGUACGAACAACGGGCGUUUGUGCCGCCUCUUCAGCCGUCCCCGGGGCCCCAGCUUCCAGACGACGGUAUGCCAGUGUGGAUGCUUUCUGCAGUGACUGAGAGAGAUCUGCCCAGGCUGCUGCUCCUUCUGGCCCACAGCACCAAGGAACGGAUCAACGCUCCACUGACCGGGGAGACUUCACCGCCUCGCUCGGCCCUGCACGCCGCUUGUCAGCUGGGAGAUGCAGUCAUGACUCAGCUGCUCGUUUGGUACGGAAUUGACGUGAAAGCGAAAGAUAGCCAAGGCCAGUCGGCCAUGAAGAUGGCCAGAAAAACAGGAAGCAAAGGGUGCAUUAAUAUUUUGCUCCAACACGGCUGUCCCAACGAGACGUCCCCCACCACUGCCACGCCCGUCCUCUCCCGCCGGUCCAGCACUGCCAGUCUGGGCCGAACCAGCUCCAGGAAACGGGUGUCGUAGCGCGAACUGAAGCUGCCACCACGCGGAGGGGCUGGUGACGACUGGAGGAUGCGUAUUGUUUAGAAACCUUUUCAAAAUGGAGACACAAUGGAGAGCGGCGUACUAUAAUGACAGGACUAUAUCGUAGUACUAAGGAUAUACAAAAUACUUUCUGAAGACUGAACAUAUCAAACAACUUAAAAGCAAUAUUCAUUAAAUUUGUUGAUGACAGAUAUGUUGCUGAAAUACUGUGUUGUUGUUGACAUCAUUUCAAAAUGACUCAAGUAGAACUUCGAGGCUGUCUUCUGUAAUUUUAGAGCAGACAAACUGCGUCUUGUUUCACUUCCUCCAGAAGAAGUGCAAUAAUCCAACUAUGAUGAUGAAAAGCAACAAGUUUUAGAGCAAACUAUGUCUGUACGGUCAAUACGUCAAGAGGGUGCUGCUUUUAUUCGAAUUUGUUGUGACUGGACCAAAACAGCUAUUAUUUUCUUUGGCUUUACAAAUAAAACCUACAAUAUGUCAUGUUGUUAGUUAUGUGUGCCUGCGGCAGCAGUAACAGAGCCAGUUUGGCCAAUAUAAACUGUUUUUCAGUGACGAUUCAGCUGAAAUAAUUCUGCUUAGACUAGAAAAAUGAAUGGUUUGAAAUAUGAACUAUAUCAGUGUUACUAUCACAGGUCAAAGAUAUGGCGUUUUAAUAUACUGUAAAUGUACCUAUACUACAUACUUAAUGUUAAACUCUGUAACGAAGACGCAACAGAAAAAUCAAAGACUGAAUUUUGUAAAUGAUUUCUACUGGUAGUUUUGAAAAUGUUUUUUUUCUUUCAUUGUCUUAUCAUUUCUUAUUCUUCUACAUGUCAUAAAAGCAUAAACCAGUAAACAAAAUGCUUUUACAUAAUGUAAACAUGUGGCUAUUUGUUUCAAGUUUAUUUGGGGGAUGGCCAAACAACUACAUAAAGACAUUAUUCAUGUUCAUAUUACUGUUGUGUAGGUCUAUCCCAUGAGUUUACAGUGAAGUAUGAAGAGUUGCAGGUGUCAUAAUUAUUUCUGGCACUUUGUGGGUCGUGUGAAUCUGUCAUGAGCUAAAUAAAAAAAUAAAAAGUUAUCAAAAUCAAAUAAAACUUUUUUUAAUUAGCAUUA